AAACUCUUGUGGUCCAGACCAGCCCCGAGGAUGCGGUGACCGAAAAUUCGAUUUGAGUGAUGAAGAUAUUGUUUGCAAGCGACGGCAGCUGGAAGGAAUAUUAUGAAACAAGCUGUGAGCACCAGGAGGACAGGGGUGGACUGCUCUGCUAUUGUUAUUCCGUUCCUGCCCUGACAUUCAGGGUUUGCUCCCAGACCUGCGACGGUUUCAUUCAGAGAAGAGACAGGCCAGCGAGAGGGAAGAAGUGUAGAAAGUCCUCUUUCUUCUUGCCAUCAAGUGUUGAGAUUGAUCAACCUGUCUUGGCCACAUAUAAAAUACUUGUCUACCUGACCAAGGAGAAUGUUUCUCGUCGUGGCCUCAAUGGUGUGUCUGGGACUCCUGACCUUUGGGGUCAAGGCGGACACUGACAUUGAGCAGCUAGUUAGAACCGUUGAUGACCUUCAGGUGGAGAUUAACGGCCUCAAGAGACGCUGCUCGGAUGCUCCCCCUGGAGGUUUCAUUCAAGAAGAUGGCUAUAUUCUGGGGUUCAGAAUCGUGGCUGGCAAAGGAUACUUCGGUGAAAUGUCCUGGGAUAUGGAAAGCAAUGGCGAUCAGCCGUUUGUGCAAUCCAUGAGGCAGUGCACCUGCAACACUGGCGCAGGGCCUUGCAACCGCAACUACAGAAGCUCCAUUCUUGAUUUUUGGGAUGCAAUACCAGUCACCACAGCCAAGCUCUCCAUGUACAAGAAUGGAGAGGAGAAACAGUUUAUUAUCUUCAAUGCCAAGGAUACUUAUUAUUGGAGGUGGAUCUUCGAUGAGUCGAAAGUUCUUGAGUCGUCAUGGGUAGACUUGAAAACGGAAACCCAUGACUAUUUUACUCCUGGGGAGUACUUUAGUGGAAGAAGUUAUUUCUUCAACCAUGUCAGCGGUGAUUGCUCCACCCUUGGCGGAUGGAUGUUCCUCCAGUUUGGCCAGGAUGCGUGUUCUUGGGCCAUCCCCCAAAAUGGCUCCUACCCGAUCAUCCUGUACUCGCCAGCCAAGACCUGGGUCCGGUACGAGUCUGAGGCUGAACAAGCGGACUCACUGGCGCUGUGGCUUAAGGUCGACAACGUAGAGAACCUCAACGCCCCCUGUGUCCAGUAGAAGGCAUUUCCAAAACUAAAGAUCCUCUGACAGGAUGAGAUGGUUGUCCAGUCAAUUUUGGUUCACAUCUCAUAUACAGACAGCGGCAUCUCGGGAAGACUGCUGCGACAUUGACACCAGCCAAUCAAAUUUUGAAGAAUUCUGACUGAUGACAAAAUAUGUCGAAACAAACCAGAAAGAUUGUAGAUGACCUUAUCGGCACUUGUUAGUGUGUUUCAGCAAUAAAUAUGGGUACAAAA